AUGAAAACUGAAUUCAUCAUUGAUUUGGCACACAAGAAUCCCAUCCUGGAGAAAUUCAAGAAGGCUCUUGAGGAGAAUGGAGGAGAAAUGCCAGAUUCGUUGGUGGGCAACCUCCUUCGAAUCAUUCAACACAUGGAGUCCAAAACUGGAGGGAAGGAGAACAAAGGAGUGGUCACUGUUUCUCCUUCAUCUGCAAAGCAAAAAUCUGAACUGCUACCCUUUUUGGCUAUUCCAAACAACCCUUCCAUUCGCACCAUGUUGGAAGAUGAGGUCAAGAAAGAGGAACAAGAUAAGAAAACUGUUGAUGAUGCCAUGGCUGCAUUGGAGGCCCUGGCUCCCUCUAAGGCUGCUGCCCCUGAGGAAAGGAGUCGUUCAAGGAGUCGGAGCAGAAGCCGUAGCCACAGACAUAGCCAAAGUCGAGACAAAGAGCAUUGGAAGAAUAGAGGCACUGAGAGAGAAAAAGAGCACAAGGGGGGCAUCAAGGAUGUUUUUGUUCAACAUGUACCUGACUCUGAGCCACAAGUUAGCAAGAUAUAUGAUGGGAAGGUAACAAGUGUGAUGACAUUUGGAUGCUUUGUCCAACUGGAAGGCAUGAGAAGACGUCGUUGGGAGGGUUUGGUGCAUAUUUCCCAGUUGCGACGUGAGGGCCGUGUUCAGAAUGUCUCAGAUGUUGUUGUCAGAGGGCAGAGGGUCAAGGUUAAAGUGCUGUCUUUUACUGGUGAGAAGAUCUCCUUGUCAAUGAAGGAAGUGGACCAGAAUACAGGAGAGGAUCUCAAUCCAAGUUCUAGUGUUCCUGGCUCUCGGAUGAAUCAGGAUGAAGUUAUUGCCAAUUCAAGAAAUCCUGACCGUCCCAUUUCAAUGCUAGAACACCUGCAUAAGCCUGGGAAAGACGAAGAAGACAAUGGCACCCGUCGACGUGUCCAUCGCAUCUCUUCCCCUGAGAAGUGGGAACUCAAGCAGAUGAUGGCAGGGAAUUGCAUUCCAAAAACAGAGCUGCCAGACUUUGAUGAGGAGACAGGACUCCUGCCUCGAGAGGAGGAGGAUGAAGAAGAUGUGGAGAUUGAACUGGUGGAGGAUGAACCUCCAUUCCUAAAGGGUCAUGGAAGAACUCUUCAAGAUCUCUCCCCUGUUCGAAUCAUGAAAAAUCCUGAUGGUUCCCUUGCUCAGGCUGCAGUUGCUGCAGGCCAACAGACUCAAAGAGGUGCAUCUCUUAUGAAACCACUGUAUCAAAUUCUGUCAACAAUAUUCUACAUUGGUGCCAUUGCUUAUGGGUGUCAUCAUUUUUAUAAGGCAGCUAUGAUGCAGACUGCUCUGUCUAAGGAACGUCGUGAGCAAAAGAUGCAACAAAGAGAACAGGAGAUGGACUCCAUUCCAUCAGGCCUCAAUAUGCAUUGGAUUGAUCCUUUGCCUGAUGCGGAGGGCAGGACUAUAGCUGCAAACAUGCGAGGCAUUGGAGUGAUGAAUCAAGACCUACCAGAAUGGAAGAAACAUGUGACCGGGGGAAGCCGUGGGUCUUAUGGCCAAAAGUCAAAUCUUUCCCUAUUAGAGCAGCGUAUGAGUCUCCCUAUCUACAAAUUGAAGGAUGAGCUGGUGAAGGGUGUAGUAGACAAUAAGAUUCUCAUUGUCAUUGGUGAGACGGGCAGUGGGAAAACAACUCAGAUAACACAAUAUCUGGCUGAGUAUGGAUUUACUACCAGAGGCAUGAUUGGAUGCACGCAACCACGACGAGUUGCUGCCAUGUCUGUAGCUAAGCGAGUGGCAGAAGAAUUUGGCUGUCGCCUUGGUCAGGAAGUUGGCUACACCAUUCGAUUUGAGGACUGCACCAGUUCUGACACAGUCAUCAAGUACAUGACAGAUGGUAUGCUGUUGAGGGAAUGCCUUAUUGAUCCAGAUCUGAAAAGCUACUCCGUUAUCAUGUUGGACGAAGCACAUGAACGUACUAUCCAUACUGAUGUCCUCUUUGGGCUUUUGAAGCAGGCUAUUAUGAAGCGGCCUGAACUCAAGCUGAUAGUGACUUCAGCUACCCUGGAUGCUGUCAAGUUUUCUCAGUAUUUCUUUGAGGCUCCCAUCUUCACCAUUCCAGGGAGAGUCUUUCCUGUAGAAAUAUUGUACACCAAGGAGCCUGAGACAGAUUACUUAGAUGCUUCACUCAUCACUGUCAUGCAGAUUCACCUCAGUGAACCUCCAGGGGAUAUCUUGCUGUUCUUGACUGGACAAGAAGAGAUUGACACAGCUUGUGAGAUCCUCUAUGAACGAAUGAAGGCUCUUGGCCCCAAGGUUCCUGAGCUCAUCAUCCUUCCUGUGUAUUCUGCCCUCCCAUCUGAAAUGCAGACCCGCAUUUUUGAACCUGCCCCUCCAGGGUCCCGUAAGGUGGUGAUAGCAACAAACAUUGCUGAAACAUCUCUGACCAUUGAUGGGAUAUAUUAUGUUGUGGACCCAGGAUUUGUUAAACAAAAAGUGUACAAUUCCAAGACUGGCAUGGACUCUUUGGUUGUCACUCCCAUCUCUCAAGCUCAAGCUAAGCAGCGUGCAGGGCGUGGUGGUCGGACAGGACCAGGAAAGUGUUAUCGCUUGUACACUGAAAGGGCAUAUCGAGAUGAAAUGCUUACUACUCCUGUCCCUGAGAUCCAGCGCACAAACCUUGCUGCCACUGUGCUUCAGUUGAAAGCAAUGGGCAUCAAUGAUCUGUUGCAUUUUGAGUUUAUGGAUCCUCCACCAGCUGAAUCUCUUGUCAUGGCACUUGAGCAGCUUCAUUCUCUGUCUGCCCUUGAUGAUGAAGGACUCCUUACUCGCCUAGGCCGACGGAUGGCUGAGUUCCCUCUGGAGCCCAACUUGGCUAAAGUUCUCAUCAUGUCAGUCCAUCUCCAGUGUUCAGAUGAGCUUCUCACCAUUGUCUCCAUGCUUAGUGUCCAGAAUGACAAGCAGGCUCUAGCUGAUCAGAAGAAAGCCAAGUUCAACCAACCUGAAGGAGACCACCUCACAUUGCUGGCUGUUUACAACUCGUGGAAAAACAAUAAGUUCUCGCAUGCCUGGUGCUAUGAGAACUUUGUACAGAUUCGCACCCUGAAGCGGGCCCAAGAUGUACGCAAGCAGCUUCUUGGCAUAAUGGACAGGCACAAAUUGGAUGUAGUGUCUUGUGGGAAAAACACAGCAAGAGUCCAAAAGGCCAUUUGUUCUGGAUUUUUCCGAAAUGCAGCAAAGAAGGAUCCUCAGGAAGGAUAUCGCACCCUGGUUGACAGCCAGAGUGUUUAUAUCCAUCCCUCCAGUGCUCUCUUCAACAGGCAGCCCGAAUGGGUGGUGUAUCAUGAAUUGGUGCUGACCACUAAGGAAUACAUGAGAGAGGUGACAACCAUUGAUCCGAAGUGGCUGGUUCAUUUUGCGGGAGUGGAUUUUGAGAAUGUCCAGUCUAGCUUCCUCAUUGGGUGGUGGGAAUUCAAUCUUCCUAUCUAUACGACCAGGUCGAAGGAGAGCCUGGUCCAAGAUGUCAAUUCGGCAACAGAUGAGAACAACACUGGUGAAAAUUGGGCUGUCAUCAUGGAUAUUUGUGACCGUGUGUUGGCUUCUAGCACUGGCCCAAAGGACUGCAUGAAGUCCAUCGUCAACCGAUUGAAUCACAGUGUCCCUAAUGUUAUAAUGCAGUCAUUGACUCUCUUGGAUGCUUGCGUUUCAAACUGUGGGAAAUCAUUUCACCUAGAAGUAGCGUCACGUGGCUUUGAGAAUGAACUAAAGCGGCUCAUUGAAAAGGCACAUCCCCGUGUUGUAGAAAAGGUUGCCACUCUUGUCAAAAAGUGGUCAGAAGCAGAAUUCAAGGACGAUCCCCAGCUCUCUUUGAUUCCUUCCUUUUAUCAAAAAAUGAGGAGGGACAUGAAAGAAAGAGGUUUGGAUUUUCCAGGAGAAGAAAAAUCCAAGCCGGCUACUCCUGCCCUUACCCUUGACAAGCAUCCAGUUGCUGUUUCCACUCAGAAGGAAGAGGAGGAUAUUGCCAAGGCAAUUGAGUUGUCCUUGAAGGAGACAAAGAGUUCCCCAAGGACAACUAGUCUCUAUCCAUCUACAUCAUCUAGUCCACCACCAGUGAAGGAACCUAGAAAAGUCAGAGCCCUGUAUGACUUUGAGGCAGCUGAGGACAAUGAGCUCACAUUCUACACAGGAGAGAUAGUGCAUGUUCUGGAGGAUUCUGACCCAAAUUGGUGGAAGGGGAGAAAUCAAAGAGGAGAGGGACUCUUCCCUGCUAAUUUUGUUACUGCUGACCUCACCAUUGAUACAGGGAAUAAGGAAGGACGAGAAGGGAAGCGGGUGUCUUUCAGUGAGGAAGUGGAGGUGGUAGAGGAUUCCUUGGAGGAAGGGAGCAGAGAUGGUGCUUCUGCAAAGGAAGUCACAGAGAUAGAAGAUGAGAAAAUAGAAAAGGUCCUGAGCAUGUUGCAUGAAGCAGACCCUACAGGAGAACGUACAGAUGACCCUCAACUUCCGCAGAUGGAAGAAGAAAGCUAUGCAAUGGGUCCCCUCAUUGACCAAGAGCUGGAGCACAUUGAUCGCAAGCAUGCUGUCUUGUCCAAGCUCAAUUCUGAGCUCAUGGACUCACUAAACCUAUAUCACAAUCUGAUGCGUGCACCUAUCCCAACAUAUUCAGCAAGGACUGUGUCUGGGACAGGAGUGACCCCUAUGUUCUCAACAUCUGGCCCCUCCCAAUAUGCUUCAUUCCCAAUGCCUCAACCCAAUCCCCAGCCACUUUUCCAACAUCCUACACCUUCAUUCUAUCUGGAAUCAGGAGCACAGCCCCAUCCAGGCAUUCCUUAUCCUGUCAUGAACAACCCUGGCAUGACCAUGCCUCAUUCCAGUGUAUCCUCAGCUCCUGGAGUCAUUCCCCAUCCUCAUGUCAUGCCAGCUCCUCAUUUUGUCCCUCAGAUGAUGCCUCCUGUGGAGUUUGCCAAUGCCGGAUACCAUUCAUCUUUCUGUGCUGUCGGUCAGUCGACUCCCCUCCCUGAUUUUCUUGACGAGUUGUGCAUGGUGUAUAUCCAGUUGGAAGCGUGA